AUGCACCUCAAGUUCUUGGAUGUGCUUAAGAAGGCGAGUGUUCAGUUACUUCGUCAAAUCGCACAACUCUGCGAGCAAUAUCAGUGUGUCAGUAUUGUUGCUCCUUGGGUUCAGGGCUGGAUUUCUCCCGACGACCAUCCAGGAUAUGAUCAGUCAGCACUGCUGGUUAUUGCUUGGGCCUUUGGAGACCAAGAACUUUUCGAGGGGGUCGCCAGAAACCUGGUGCGCUUCUUGUCGUACGACAAGGAUGGUCACCCUCAGGAUUUAGCAGAUGAGAGAGUGGAACAGCCCCUUCCACCAGGAAUACUAGGUAUCAUUCUCAGUGUCCGUAACGAAGCCAUAAACGCAGCAGUAUCGGUUCCGUUUUCUCAGCUAGCGCGCUACGAGGCAGCUGUCCCCCCUAGAGGUCCUGUUCAACUCGUAUGUCAAGUUCAAGUCGAGAGGGACCACAGACUUGCGUGCGACGCCCUUUCCCAUGGAAGAUUGAUACGUUCACUGAUGAGCAAUGGCAUCUACCAGAAGUCCACGGAUGAACUUGUCACGAUGCCAGACACCGAUCUUGAAAACGUCGCCGCAAUACUUGACGACCUUAAGCUUCAAUUGAAUCCAGGACAUAACUUAGUUGGUCCUGGUGGAGACCAUUCAGCGUGCUCAACAAUCGAUUACCGGCAGGAGAGAAUCAAAAUCAUGUAUAAUCUCAGAUCUCCUGUCCUGGAUUCCCACAUCGAGCAUAUGCGAACUCAACGGACAAAGUUAGGAUUCAUGAAGGUAGAAAAUAUGCCUGAGGAGUAA